GAUCGGAGUUACAAAUUUAUUAUUAUAUGUGGCCGACAUGACUGUUGUAUUGUGAGAUCGAUCCUGAGAGGAGUGGGAGUUGAUGUUUCUGGUAGGAGUGCAGAAUUUAUAAAUUCAUCGUUCCAUGUUGAUCACUCGAUAUGUUCUAUAUAAAAAUAUGCAUAUCGUUGCAAGAAUAAAAAAGAUCGAAGGAUAUCAGUUUAAAUUUAGUUCAUCGUGAAUUAUCUGAGAACGUUUAACGAAUUUCCACGUAAAAAUGGCAGGAGUGAAAUCCAAAAAACCAAGCUUUUUCUCGAAGUUAUAUCUGGCGUCAUAUAAUCUCGGUCAGACUUUGGGAUGGAGUUAUUUAUUGUAUCAGAUUAUACAAUAUUAUCUUGAAUCUUUCUCCUCAGAUAAUACCUUGUGGAAUGAAACCAAGCUACCUGUAAUCAUUUUUCAAAAUGCAGCUCUAUUGGAGAUAAUGCAUGCAGGAAUUGGGCUAGUACCAUCCAAUGUUUUAAUCAUAUUGGCUCAAGUCUUCAGUCGUAUCAUGCUUGUAAACGGAGUUCUUCUGGCUACUCCUUAUACAUACGCUGCUUCGUCUCCAGGUCUUCCACUAGCUCUCAUCGCAUGGUCCAUUACAGAAAUCAUUAGAUACUCCUAUUAUUUCGUAAAUCUUGUCUCUGAUAUUGUGCCACGUGUAUUAGUCUGGCUGAGAUAUACUACAUUCAUCAUACUAUAUCCAUUGGGCGUGACUGGUGAACUAUUGUGUUUAUAUACCGCUGUAAAAUACGCCAAUGCUAAUCCUGACUCCUGGAGUUAUGUUCUACCAAAUAAAUGGAAUUUCACAUUUAGCUAUUUGUAUCUCCUGAUAGCAGUUAUGCUAUUUUACAUUCCAGGUUUUCCACCACUUUACUUGCACAUGUUUGCACAAAGGCGGAAAAUACUUAAUCCUAGUAUUGCUGCGAAGAAAACUAAUUAAUUUAAAUCUAUAUACAUUUGUUGUAUAUUUCCUAUUUUCAUAAUCAUAUUUAUAUGUACAAAAAAGGAAUAGAGGGGGUUUAUAUAUUAUUGAAAAUCUGCAUAUAGUAAAAUAUCAAAUACAAAAAUAUUUUAUAAAAAGUAUAUAUAUUUUGCUGAAGUUACCAAGA